AGCACCGUCGCAGUCUAUUCUCCACCACCUUCCAAGCACUUACGAUCAGGCAUUGCCCCGUCGACCAUCAUCUGCGGCUUUAGAAGCAGUGGGUCAAACAACGACGCUAACCCUGGAGCUCUAAAAUUAACAACGGGGGCUCCCGUUUAAAGCGCCGCAGCAAGUUGACCAGCCAGCGCAGUGUGAUCGCUUGCUUCAUUCUCUGGAACAGCCUUUUGUUUCGGAGAAGUGCAAUUUGAGAUCAUCCCAAAACCACCACUGCCGCCGCCGCCACAAAUCCUCAAAAUCACCCCCAAAUCGAAGCAAAAUGGUGCAAAAUAAAAUCACCGAAGUCACUGGAUUCCAUCGCUCUUUCAAGGGCCAAAACCCAUUUGAAUCAGAGGACUUCACUAAAAAUGGUUCCCAUCUUCUUGAUUCGACAUUUAAUUUUGAUUCCUCCCCAAGACAUGACAUACCCUCCAGUCAGCCUAUUGACAUCCCUGAUGCCAAGAAGAGAAACAAGAAGAAAAAGCGUUGCCGGGCAACUGACAGUUUCUCUGGGCGGUUUGAAGAUGUCUACCGGCUGCAGGAAGAGGUACUAGGAGAGGGUGCUUAUGCCAGAGUGCAAACCUGCAUCAACCUCAUCACCAAUAAAGAAUAUGCUGUUAAGAUCAUUGAGAAGAGACCAGGUCACAGCCGCAGUCGUGUCUUCCGUGAGGUUGAGAUGCUCUACCAGUGCCAGGGCCACAGGAACAUCCUGGAGCUGGUUGAGUUCUUUGAAGAGGAAGACAAAUUCUACCUGGUGUUUGAAAAGCUGAGAGGGGGGUCCGUCUUGGCUCACAUUCAUAAGAGACGGCACUUCAGUGAGCAGGAAGCCAGCGUUGUGGUGCAGGACAUUGCCAGCGCUCUGGAUUUCCUGCAUAACAAGGGAAUGGCACAUAGAGACCUGAAGCCUGAGAACAUCCUCUGUGAGCAUGCGGACAAGAUUUCCCCGGUCAAGAUCUGUGACUUUGAUCUGGGAAGUGGAAUCAAGCUGAACAGUGACAGCUCGCCCAUCUCCACCCCUGAGCUGCUCACUCCUUGUGGCUCUGCAGAAUACAUGGCACCUGAGGUGGUUGAGGCCUUCAGUGAGGAGGCCACAAUUUAUGACAAGCGCUGUGACCUGUGGAGCCUUGGAGUCAUCCUAUACAUCAUGCUGAGCGGCUACCCACCCUUUGUAGGCCGCUGUGGAGGCGACUGUGGUUGGGAGUUGGGAGAACCCUGCCACACAUGUCAGAACACUUUGUUUGAGAGUAUCCAGGAAGGAAAAUAUGAGUUUCCAGAGAAAGACUGGGCGCACAUCUCCUCAAGUGCCAAAGAUCUAAUAUCCAAGCUUCUGGUUCGGGAUGCCAAAAACCGCCUGAGUGCCAGUCAGGUGCUGCAGCACCCCUGGGUGCAAGGGGGUGCCUCUGACACUUUGCCGACAUCCAUCUUGCAUCAAAGGACCAGCAGUGCAAGGGAUCUGACGUUCUUUGCUGGCAAGGCCAUGGCUGUGAACCGUCAGCUGGCUGAGCAGGAUGUGAUGGAAGAACAGCAGCAGCAGGAAGCCCCACUGGUCAUCACUGCAAGCGGCUCUUCUAUGCACCUGUCCCCUCCUUCCAACUCCAAGCUGGCCAGGCGCAGGCAGCGAAGCAGCCAACCCAAGGGAGGGCCCGUCUCUGCUGCAGAGCUUCGCCAGCUCCUAGCCCCCCUCGUCAUUGUAGGAGAUUGUGCCUGACCUCUGACGUUCCGUUCCGACUCAGAUCAAGAUCUAAAUAUGGCCCUCGUACCCUCCCUCCCCAGUUCUGGCCCCUCUCUCUGACUCUAGCUGGCCUUGGUUCCUCAGCCAUUCAGGCUUUUCUCGCCUCGCUGUAAAGGGAGACUGCUGCCUACAGCCCUUCCUCAAAAUGCCUUCUGCCCCGCUGCAGCACUUCUAAAGCACAUCAGCCUGGGCCCUGCAUAUAGCAAACACAUGUGUAUAUGCAUGUCUAGGUCAGGGGGAGGGCCUGUUAAUGUUCUGGGGUUAAAGGGGGAGGAGGUGUUUCUUUAAGUUAUGUUCUCUUUUCAUACAACUCAGUUCAGAAGAAAUCAGAACACUUGUCUUUGAAACCAAGCUCAGACACCAAAGGACUACCUGUUGUGCUGCUUCCACAUGUUACAACUGGAUCCACUGUGAAUUAAGUUAUCUGGAAUGUUCUCUUUGCCUGUAUGUAUACGCAUGAAUGGCCCAUCUGCAGAUACGUACAAGCUUAUGCAAUAUGCCAAGAUGAAGGCUGUUCUGUUUAGAAGGGAUUCAGUAUAGGGAUUUGGACCGGCCUGUAAGCCAAUGCUGUCCGUGCCUAGGGUCCAUUGUGUGGCUGGGGACUCUCAAAAGCAUUCAGAUUUAUUUUCCCUUAUUUCCAUUUCAAGAUAAAUUCCUCACAACUGAACCUCUUCUGUAGACGGUCUGAUAUGGAACCCGCACUCGUGUAGCUUUGUGGCCACGCACUUAAUUCCUCCAGAGCCAGAGAAUAUGUGUCACCAGCCAGCCCUGAUUUAUUGCUGCACCAGUUAGUGCAGAGUUAUGAGUCAAUGCCAAAUUAUCACACUGUUUAAUGUUUAUAUAUCAGACCAUUGGGCAGUUCCUCUGCAAUUUCUUCAGUUCAUACAGGGUUGGGAUUUAACAAUUUUCUCUGGAUUAUGAUGCAUGGCCAUAAGAAAAACAAGACUCCCUGUGCCAGUCCUGAAGUAUGACUACACGUGGUGUCUUGGUCCAGGCAAAUGAUGCGAUAAAUUGCCAGGCGAAGUGAAACAGGGUUGGUGUUGUCAUUGUAAUGAAAAUUUGUGACAUUUUUUCCCAUCCAGACCACUGUAUGCAUUAGUUUGAAGUUUAAAUGUUUUGACAGUAAAGGUGAGAAUCCCACAAAUAAGCAGGGGUUGGAAAAGCACAUUUCGGCCAAUGAGACCCGAGUGUCAUUUGUUCGUGAAGUUAAUUUGACCAUCACCUUUACAAGGGUACGUAAAUGUGACAUGCCCCAUUCAGAAUAAUGUUUCAGUGAUGGUCUAUGUCGUGGACAGAAAAUUCCUGUGCAAAUUAUCAUUAAAAUAAUAGGCACACACGCUUCUGGUGGAAAAAAGAAAAAAAAAAUAUAUAUAAAAACGGAAAAACAUUCCAUGAAAAUCAAAAAUGACAAAAAAAAGUCUUCCGAAGACGUGUAGCUGUAUUAAGUUUACUUUAUUUUUUCAUGUUUGUUGAAAACUCCAUGUCAAUGUGCCACACUGAUUUUUUUUUUUUUUUUUUUUUUUUUUUUUUAAACGGCUGUUAAUAAGCUUUUAUUUUCUAUGGUGAUUCUAAUGCAGGUGCUGUUGAGUUCAGGUGGAACACCAGAUGUUUUCCUCUUUUAAGACUCAUACUUUUUUAUAUGUUUCAUGUUUUUUGAAAGUUCAGAAUAUGUUGUAUGAGGUGAGAUGGAAAGAGUUUUUAAGUUCACCUGGAGCGUUAAUGCCCAGGUAACGUUUUUGUUUUAAUUUUUUUUUUUUGUAUGUGUAAAGAGUUGGCAAUAAUCAGUUUGUUCAGAAUAAGUUUUGAACUCAUUCUGAAAUUGACGGUAAGAGAAUGGUGAUGAGGUCUCACAACACUGUAGCCAUUCACCAAAGAGGGUCGAAGUCAUGACAUCGAACAAGCGAGCAUGAGGCGUUAUCCAUCACCUUGCAGUAAGAAGUGAGGAACUUCUGAUUGUCCAUGUCCUGUUGCCAGCACUGCAGCGAUGGUACUCUGGAAAAUGGCGCCCUUGGUGUCAAAGGGCCCAUUAUGCUGAUAAUAGGACACUGAUUGUAAUAGUUCUGGAAAAAAAACCCAUUCUACAGAUGCAUCGUUAUGGGGUUUUAUGUCUUAUAAUAAGACUUACUUGAAUUUGUGUAUGCAGCUGUUUCUUCUCCAUUUGGGAAACUACUUUGCUAUCAGUAAUCUAAACAAAGCAUUAAGCUGAUGAUUAAGGCAAUCUUGGGGUUUUGAAAAUACCUGUUCAGUUCAGUAUUUCUGCCUUUUUCUCCCGUUGAGCAUCAGACAAGUUUGUCCCUACAUUUUGUUAGGGUUAGGAUUCUCAGAAAUGCACAGACUUUGGCCAUACUCUUUAUAAUAUCCUUUAAGGUAUAGGAGUUUCCUUGGUCAUGACCAUUUCUACUUUUUGUCAAAUGCAGUAAUUUUGGACUGCCUUUUAUUGGGAAAGGGGAGAAAAUUAUAUCCUAAACCUAAAUUUGUAUGUUGUAAGUCAUUUUGAAGUAAGGAAGUGUUAAAAUCACUCAACUUGACAGCCCAUCAACCACCCCACAAUCUGAAUGUAGCCCACAGGCAAAGCAUUUACGAUCCAGCAACAUCGAUUAAAUGUUUUAUAACCGUUCAGUUCAUUGAUCUGGUGUAGAUUCUGUCUAUAGUGAAACAAACCUCAAGCCACAAGGCUUUAUUUGAAAAGUGACUCUUGAUUUUAACACUGUCUGAAUCCACCCUAAGCCCAUAUGUUCAUGGGAAGAAAAUUUGAGAUGAAUACAUCCUCCAUCUACAAAAACAUUUUGAUUUAAAAUAAGCACUUUACUGUACCAUGUGAAUGAUUGCAGUUCACUCAAGGCAACAUUUAUGACAGUUGCUACAGAAUUUUGUAUUGUUUUUCUAAAAAAAAAUAAUGCAAUAAAAAUGCUUUGAACCACA